UUAACCAUGUGUGAUUGGAGUAGACUGGGUGUGAACUUGUCUCAUCUGUAUCUUCACAGAGUAUCAAUGUCUGACAAACUGCUGAUAAAUGACACCUCAAGCUUCAACCGCACGACUGUCUACCCCCGCGAAGGCAUGCGCAUUCUGCAGAUAAUCGUGACCGUGAUUAUCUUCAUCGUGGGUGUUUCUCUAAACGGUCUGGUGAUCUGGGCAUUGGGGGUUCGAGUUUGGUUCCGCAAUAGGGGAUCAACCAGAGAGACGCAGAACGCCGACAGCUUCCGGAUCUAUGUAGUAAACCUGGCGCUUGCAGACUUGGUGCUGCUGUUAUGUACGCCACUAAUGGUGCCGUACUUGAUGAACUACUUCACUUGGACAUUGGGGGAAAACGCAUGUAAGCUGAUCAUUUACCUGCGCUGCCUUGGAUUGUACGUGAACGCAUUCUUUCUGUGCACCAUUGCGGUGGAGCGCAGCUUGUGUCUCCUUAGACCAGUUUGGGCACGAAUGAAGCGCCCUCGUUGGGCCGUGCCAUUGGCCUGCACUGCAAUUUGGGUGUUAGCGGCAUUCUUCGCUUCACCCUACAUUGGCACAGGCAAAACCAUUCUCUGGGAGAACCGUACGGCCUGCAUAGAAAGUGAUUUGGGAGUAGGACAAGCCUUAAUAGUUGUGGAAACCUUGGCAGGAUUCUUGCUACCGCUGGUGAUCUUCUUGUCAUGCAAUAUCGCUGUGAUUUUUUGCACAAAGAAGGCCAAAAGCACAAUGUCUUCCCCUACCUCAUCAUCUGGAUCAGGUUACACAACCCACCGGCUGACUCGUCUCUACCGGGUCCUCUUUCUCACCAUGCUCCUCUUCCUAACCUGCUGGGUGCCUUACUUCACCUGCCGCUUCUUAAGGGCUCUCUCACAGGAUCACCCGAAGCUCAAAGAAGUGAUUGCAGGCACUUACGUGGCACUAUUUCUAGUUUACAUAAAGAGCGUGCUCAACCCCAUGCUGUACGUGAUCGUAACUCCUGUAAAAUGUGCUUGUUUUAAUUUUUGCUAUGAUACUGGAGUAUGAAGUGGAAAUGAGUCAAACUGAGGCGUGGCAUCGAUCCCCAAUACUACAUGAUACAGAUGAUCACU